AUGGACGAUUUAAUGGAAGACAUCCAGCCAGUGAAUCUGUUUCCGGAGAAGAGACGGCUCAGAGAGGGCCAGACAGAUACAUCCCCAUUCUUCACGCGUUCCCUAAAGACGGCAAAUCAGGAGGACUAUGAAACACAGGAACAGACAGCUUUACUCGAAACCAAAAGGCAGAAGCAGGGCGUGCUCGCGAUUGCUAAUGGCCAUCUUACCAUCAAAAAGCCACUAAUUAACCCUAUACCCAGAGAUGAUAAAGGUAGGACGACCUUAGCAGGUGUGGCUCAAGAGACACGGACACUGCUACCCGGUCUUCUGGCGACAAGACCAGACGUGACCACGAAUAGCUUUCUUUGUCGGAAAGAGACAUUGGAUCCUGCUAAGUGUCCCCACCUCCCAAUCGUCAAAGUAAGAGUAGUCGACGUGGACACAAUUGAUGCAGCUCUUAUUCUACAGAAUGGCAACAACACCAGCAAACCCGUUGCGAUUCUCAACAUGGCGAACGCUCAGCAUGCUGGUGGAGGCUGGCAACAUGGCGCGAUGGCACAGGAAGAAGCUAUCUGUUACAGGUCGUCUCUAAGCAAAACUCUACAUCGCGAGCACUAUCCUAUUCCAGACGAUGCUGCUAUCUAUUCGCCGACUGUGAUGAUCAUUAGGGAAAAUCUCAAAGACGGCCACAAUCUUCUUGACUUCAGGGAACCUAGGCAGCUAAACGUCAUCAGUGUAAUCAGCUGCGCUGCAAUCUGUCAGCCGUCCUUGAACAGGGUGAAUGGUAAAAUAUGCUACCAAAAUCUGAGUGAUAUGAGAAGCAUGAAGGAGAAAAUGCGAGUGGUUCUACGAACCGCGAUCAGAAACCGACAUCGACGGGUUGUCCUUGGUGCAUUCGGCUGUGGCGCUUUUGCGAAUCCUAAUCAUGUCGUAGCUAAGAUGUGGGAAGACGUACUGAAAGAAGCUGAGUUUGCAGGUGGAUAUUGGACGGAUGUGUUGUUUGCUGUGCUAGGUGGAGGCAGGGAUGACAACUAUCAAGUAUUUCACGACCAGCUCGAUGGCCUUACAGUAUAG